GAGGAAAAUGGCGGACGGUGUGGAUCACAUCGAUAUCUACGCCGACGUAGAGGAGGAAUUUAACCAGGAAUCUGACUAUCCGGUUCACGAGCAGAUCGACCUGUACGAUGAUGUAAUAUCCCCAUCAGCCAAUAAUGGUGAUGCUCCAGAAGACCGUGACUACCUGGACGCUUUGCCUGCGCCCGGGGGCUCAGACGGAGGCAAGAGUGCCCCACCAAAUGUGGUUUACACCUACACAGGAAAAAGAAUUGCCCUAUACAUAGGCAACCUCACAUGGUGGACAACAGAUGAGGACCUGACGGAAACAAUCAGGUCGAUAGGCAUCGCAGACGUGCUGGAAAUAAAGUUCUUUGAAAACAGAGCAAAUGGCCAAUCAAAAGGAUUUGCCCUUGUGUGUGUGGGCUCAGAGGCUUCAUCCAGGAAGUUAAUGGAGCUCUUAUCAAAAAGGGAGCUCCAUGGUCAGAGUCCCAUCGUCACGCCGUGCAACAAACAGUCUCUCAGCCAGUUUGAGCAGCAGUCACGCAAAAGUAAGGAGGGUACUCAGUCAGGUCAGAUGUCUGGGGAAGGUAAAGCUGGUCCCCCUGGUGGAGGUCUCCGUGGAGGUUUCCCCAUGGGUCGAGGAGGUAGAGGCAGAUUCCCCGGACCGCCCGGCCCAGGAGGAGACCGCUUCCCUGGUCCUAUUGGACCCGGAGGACCGCCACCACACUUUCCCGGCUCGGGGAUGACACCAGAUCUGAUUAGGCACCAAGAUGGCCCUCUGAUGGAUAUGAAUUUCAAUCCCUUCCCGCCGGGGGGCAGGAACGGGAACUGGCGCGGCAGAGGUGGUAUGCAGGGUCCACCACGUCCCCCUCUUGGUCCACCUGGCCCCCCCGGCCCUCCAGGACCUCCACCCCCUGGACAGGGCCUCCCCCCUCCCCUUUCUGGUCCUCCAAACCGUGGUGACAGGCCACCUCCUCCUGUUCUCUUCCAAGGCCCGUUUGGCCAGCCACCAAUGGGACCCUUACCUCCAGGCCCCCCUCCUCCAGGCUAUGGCCCUCCCCCUGGUCCCCCACCCCCCCAACAGGGCCCGCCACCUCCAGGACCCUUCCCUCCUCGUCCCCCAGGUCCCAUUGGACCACCCAUGGCUUUGGCUCCUCCUCCACACAUGCCGGGUCCCCCUCCGGGCGGACCACCACCAGCCCCCCAUGUCAACCCUGCCUUCUUCCCCCCACCUGGCAACAACAACAUGCCCCCCAACGACAGCCGAGGGCCCCCAGGACCAAACGACCCAUACGGACGCCCGCCACCUUAUGAGAGAGACUUCGGACCCGGAGGCCGGGAGAUGGAGGCGUCACGGACCCCCCUGAGUGAGGCGGAGUUUGAGGAGAUCAUGAACAGAAACAGAGCCAUCUCCUCCAGCGCCAUAUCCAGGGCCGUAUCUGACGCCAGUGCAGCUGACUAUGGCAGUGCUAUAGAGACGCUGGUGACUGCCAUCAGUCUGAUCAAACAGUCCAAAGUGUCAGCAGACGACCGCUGUAAGGUCCUCAUCAGUUCCCUGCAGGACUGUCUCCAUGGAAUUGAGUCAAAAAGCUAUGGCUCAGCCUCCAGUCUAAUGCCGGUCUCUGCCAGGCGAGAGCGCUCCAGGGAACGCGACCACAGCCGAUCCAGAGAAAAGAGUCGACGCCACAAGUCUCGCAGCCGCGACCGGCAUGAGGACUAUUACAGAGAACGCAGCCGGGAGAGGGACCGCCACCGCGAGAGGGACCGGGACAGAGACAGGGAAAGAGAGAGGGAGAGGGAGUACCGACACCGUUAGACAACACAAGCUCACGUGGAUCAAGGAUGGAUGGAAGGAAAAGGAGGAACGCUUUCAGUGCACUACCACCAGCACAACGUCCCCACCCUGCAUGACCGGACAGGAUUACAACUUCCUACCCCUCCAUCUCUCUCCUCUCCUCCUCUCCUUCUCCACCCAUCCUUCUCUCUGUCUGUUCAUUUUGUCUGCCUGACUCAGAGCAGUGGAUGGAAGACCCAAACCUGUGUAAGGCUAUGUUAUCGAAACACCUAUACUCAUGGUAACUAAAGAUAAAAAGAAAAGAAACUUUCCAAACAGCUCUUUUAUUUUUAUGAUGUUUUAUUUGACAUGAAGACGAGAACGUGUGAUGCUUUUCUUUUCUCUUUUUUUUUUUUUUUGCAACGAAACAAUAAAGUGGCCCGCACGCCCCCUAAAUAGAAGACACAAACAUUACAUCCUAUUUGCUUUUCAUUUCCCUUGGCUCGCUGUACUGUGUACAUUCAGUUUAGAGAUCAGUCUUUAUAGGGUACAUGUUGGAUGUUUUCUCCCCCACCUCUUCCUCUCAUUCUCAUUUAUUCUUUUCAUGGUUAGUAUGUUUGUAAAUGUCUCUGCUUUUGAUUAAAUACUAGAUGGUGUUGUAAUAAAAAAUGUUUACUGAGGUACACUCUGCAUUUGUUGAAUUCCUCUACAUGUUUGGCUCGUUUAUAUUAAAUGUAUAUUUUGGAGGGAAGAAUGUUUUUCAUAAUGAAUUGAUCGACUUUGACUAUACAUGGCAGGUGUUAGUAAGUUGCUUUGGACUUUUUUGUUUUUGUUUUUUCUUGAGAGAUAUACUCGGUAGGAAAGAUUAGAAUGCACUAUGGGCUCUGAUUUAUUGAUCUGAAAAAAUUGAAGGUCGAUGUGUACAUGCACAUUUUUGGACACCUUUGGAACACACACUAAAGUACCUAAAAUACGCACAAUGUUCAGUGGUUCAAGUGGUUUCUGGUGUUUGAUUCAUGUGUAACUGAGCUCAGCAGCCAUCAUCACAAGAGCACUUUUAUAUUACCAUUAUUUUUUUAUUAUAUUAUUUCCAAACCAAAUUGUCUGUCAUAUUGUGAAUGUGAAUUCUUGGACUUAAACCCGUUAUGACGUGAGCAACUAAAGUUUUUGGCUUAAAUGGAAUUUGUCAACUUUCAAAUAUCAAUGAAUCCCAUUAAUGGAAAAAUUGCAAUUUGAAGUAAGUGUGACUUUUUGCUCCCAUGUUCCACAUGUAACAUGUUUUUGUAUGUUCGUAUUUUAACGCCCGUCCAUGAGGAAAAAAUUCAGUAAAGCUUUCUAUUCAACUGGAUUUAACAUAACAAAUGUCAUGUUUUGUAAUGCAAAACAUUUAUUCCACCUGCAUCAUGUUCAUGUUUUGCAUUUCUGUUUUAACAGGCUCAUUGUAAUCACUGACCCUGAGCUGAAGUUUUUUAUUUUCAAAGUCAUAGAUGACCCUAAAUCGUUACCCGGGGAAGUUGAAUUUGAGUAAAUAUAAAUGUCAAGGUAAUGUCAAGGUUCAAAGCAAUAAUGUUUAAUCUAAAGCUGCCAUAUAUUGUCUUGUUUCAUUUGAGAGACUCUCAACCCUGAAAUUAAUAACGGGGGCAAGCACAGCAUAUGUUAAGAUUGUUCACAAUGCCUCACUAUUGUGUAAACUGUAGAAUAAUUUUUUCAUUUUUGUUUGUCUUGUUGGACCUUGUUUUGUUGAAUGUUUUUUUUAUCCAUGAUGUUGGUUCAUAUCUCAGGGACAAUCUUCUAAAAUACCUCGUUUCCAUAGUGUAUAAAAAAAACUGGACACGAAACUCCAUGUUAUCACUGUAAUGGCCACAAGACUCGCUCUGAAUCAUAGGCUGAACUCUGAAGGAGAGAAAGGUCACUGUUUGUACCACCAAACCCUUAUGAUUCUCCUGAAAUGUGUUUGUGUAAUAAUUGCAAAUUUCAAAGAGGCUUUAAUAUUUUUGAUACAAAAAAUAAUGUUGAAAAAUUGAGAUGUGAGGGGAAAUACCUUGAUGCUAUUUGUCUUGAACAAGUCCUUAAAUGUUAAGUUAAAAGCUUAUUUACAUCUCUGGUUUUGAUUGUUUUGGCUGAUUGGAGCUUUUAGUUUCUCAUGUAUGUUUCUUUCCCUCUUCCUUUGCACCUAUAGGUGCAUGAUUUCUAACUUAAUUACUUAAUCAACUUCCUACAUCGCUCCAUCUAAACAGCCUGAUUUAAAAUAUGCAUGGCUUUCAGUACAAGUACUAUUGUAGGUUGUAGUGACUUCUCUCCACAGCCCUGAAGGUAAGUGUUUUCAGCUCCACACGAGCUGCAGAAGAAGAAAUGGCAUCAAGCCAGAGGAACGAUACUUCCUCACACAAGAUGUUGGAAAGUAUCUUGUUUUUUUUGUUUCUUUCAGUAUUUCACUUGAAAAGUCAAAGUAAAGCAAGUGUUCGAAAUAGAAAAGUAAUUUUCAAACCUGCAGCUUCUUUUUUACUCUGUAAAUAGACAAAAGUAUUUUUGAAAUUCAGUCGAGUGUGUCUGAAAUUAAACUUAAUUUUAUGUUGUAAUAUGGGAUAAAAUGUAGCUUAAUUUCUCAUUUGCAAUUCAGAUUUCUAACUUAAUGUGAUAUUGAAUCAGCGUAGUUAACGGGCAUACAUUUCCCCAUUGAAAAACAAUGAUUUUUCAGGGCCACAUGAUUUCAAACAACCAUGUAAUUAAAGCCCUCAGUGUUUUCAGUAUGUAAGUGAAUAUAUCUUGCUUUUUAUAUAUUGAUGGAGUCGGAUUAAGAUAAUUUCCACUGCGCCUUGUUACCCUGCGCAGCUGCCAGUAAUGUUCUGAGUUAACACUCCCUGGUAUCUGCUCAGGGACAGACUUGGCUGAAAUAAUGGUUGUUGCCCCAAAAAAAUAAAAGUUUUUAAGUGAA